AUGGUCCAGGCUGCGUCGCCUCACGGCGCAGCUGUCCCCUUCGCGGCAGAAACCCAUAUUGCUCCAACUGAUGCUGAUACAUCAUCUAAACUAGCUGGGAGUCGUGGAAUCUCCUACUAUGCCAAAGCCUCGGCGCUGAGCCCGGCCUUUUACCAAACGCUGCUGGACCGCUACUGGAGGCGGUCCGGGACGUUGCUAUACCGUCCCAACCAACGAGACUCUUGUUGUCCGCAUUAUACGAUUCGCCUAGACUCGGAAGAGUUUAAGCCGUCCCGCGAUCAGAGGCAGACCAUAAACCGGUUCAACGCCCACAUCCUUGGGGACGAAUACUCUAAAGAAGCAUCGCGGCGUUAUCCAAGAACAAAAGAGGAAUCUAGAAGGCGAAAAAAUGAGUUCAACCUCGUGGAGCGAGUUCAUGAAGCAGAAUAUGGCAGGCUGAAAAUGCCCCCGACGCCUGCGCAUAAACUCCAAGUUACUCUAGAGGAGGAUAACUUUACAGAAGAAAAGUUUGCCAUCUUCGACAACUACCAACACGUCAUUCACAAGGAGGAUCCUGGCGAGCGGACACGGAGAUCCUUUACCCGGUUUCUCUGCGACUCGCCCGUGCGUCGCCACGCCGAAACUCGUUCAGACGGCACGAAGAAGCGUCUUGGCUCGUACCAUCAGUGCUACCGUAUCGAUGGGAAGCUCGUCGCUGUGGGCGUUCUUGACCUACUACCGCAGUGUGUGAGCUCUGUAUAUUUCUUCUACCACGAGAGCAUCCAUAAGUUCAGCCCAGGCAAGCUCGGCGCUCUAUACGAAAUUGCACUCGCUAAAGAAGGAGGCUACCGCUGGUGGUACCCCGGGUAUUACAUCCACAGCUGCCCCAAGAUGCGUUACAAGAUGGAUUUUGCGCCCCAAUAUAUUCUUGACCCUGUUACGUUAAGCUGGGAUCCCUUGGAUAAGACGGUGCUUGCACAGUUGGACAAGUCGCCGUACCUUUGCUUAUCCCAGCGAAGAGCCGAAAGGGCUGCCGCAGAAGGUCAACGUACCGUCAUAGCCGAUGCUGAAAACCCGGAUAACUCUGAUGACAGUAGCGACAACUCAGAUCAAGAUGAUGUCGACAGAUCCCUCUUUGCCGCCAACAUGCCCGGCAUUCCCACACUUGCGGAGAUGGCGACUGUGGACAUGGAUGACAUACAUGUCCUGGGGCCAUCUCCGGUUAUUCUAUAUAGCAUGACUGAUCUUGUGAGCUGGGAUGAGUCUUCCAUCUAUGAAUGGCCGACCCUCAGGGCUCGCAUGGCUGAGCUAGUUGGAGCCAUGGGAAUAGACACGACCCCAAAGCUAUGCAUAAAUUUGCAGGGUUGA